AGAAAAGGAUACAAAAAAUGUGUUUCCUUCGAAUUAACAAUACCGAUGAGAGACCUUCACAUUUAUUAGCGAUUAGUAUACAUCUAGUGUAAAGUGUUAGUGCAAUCUAACUUGUUUUAAACAGAUACAGCAUUUAUAAUGUCAAAACUUCGGUCGGAAUUGUCUCCAUCAAAACCCAAAGCGAGACAUAGCAUUGCUGUCUUGGACACGACACCUCAGAGGCGCACUUCAUUCUUAAACCUGCACAUCCCAGAUUCUCCAUGGAGAAGGUCUCUCAGUCACAUACAUCUUCCGACAUUUAAAAUUACAACACCCGAUGGAGAAAGUAAUCGAAAGUUUUACUUUGGUCUCGGUUUCAGGAGACAUUCACAUAACACCCUUCACCAAUCGGAGUCAAUGGUGUCUCUAUGCUUUCGUUCUUUAGCUGGAUAUGUAAAUGAAGAUAACUUGCAAGGUUUGCAGUCGUUUUUGGAAAAUAAGCAAGUGCAGGUCGAUGAUAGGGAUGAAAAUGGCACCACAGCACUCAUGCUCGCGGCCCUCAAAGGUCGAAUUUCGUUUGUCAAAGAAUUGCUAUCUCACGGCGCGGAUCCCAAUGCUGAAGACAACGACUCAUGGAGUGCCCUUCUGUGUGCCUCGAAGGAGGGAUUCGCGGACGUUUGCCACGAGUUGUUGGAACACGGAGCGAUGGUCGAUCACAGAGAUAUGGGGGGAUGGACGGCAAUCAUGUGGGCCACGUACAAGGGCCGCACGGAUGUAGUUAGUCUACUAAUCAAUAGGGGCGCCGACAUAAACGCGCACGGAAAUUAUCACAUAUCUUCCCUGCUUUGGGCGGCGGGUCGGGGUUACACGCAAAUUGCUCAGGCACUAAUUAGUCAUGGCGUUAAAGUUAAUGUAGGCGAUAAGUAUGGAACGACGGCACUGGUGUGGGCGUGUAGAAAGGGACACACCGAAAUCGUCCACAGCUUACUACGAGCAGGUGCCAACGUCGAUACCGCUGGCAUGUACUCUUGGACGGCGCUAUUAGUGGCAACUCAAGGUAAUCACGUGGAAGUAGUAAAUUCGUUAUUAGAAUAUAAACCUAACGUAAAUGCGUUGGACAAAGACGGAUGCAGUGCCUUGACGAUCGCUUGCAAGGAGGGAUUUUACGAUAUCGCUGCCGCCCUUAUGGCGGCCGGCGCGUACAUUAACAUUCAGGAUCGCGCGGGGGACACCAAUUUGAUCCAUGCGGUCAAAGGUGGCCAUAGGGCAGUUGUCGAGGCACUUUUAAAGAAAUACGCCGACGUUGAUAUUUGCGGGAAAGAUAAAAAGACUGCUUUAUAUAUGGCUGUGGAAAAAGGCAAUGCGUCUAUUGUUAAGUUGCUUUUAAAUGCUAAUCCAGAUUUGGAAGUUGCCACUAAGGAUGGUGACACACCUCUACUAAAAGCUGUACGCUCAAGAAAUUCCGAAAUUGUUCAACUACUACUGGAUAAAAAAGCUAAAGUAUCGGCAGCCGACAAGAAGGGAGACACCGCGCUUCACAUUGCAAUGCGCGCUCGUUCCAAAGCUAUAGUGGAAAUACUACUACGUAACCCGAAGAACAGCCAAUUGUUGUACAGGCCAAAUCGUGCCGGCGAAACCCCCUACAAUAUUGAUAUAAGCAAUCCUAAGACAAUUCUCGGGCAAAUCUUUGGCGCACGGCGUUUAAAUACUAACGAAGAUAACGAGAAUAUGUUAGGUUACGAUUUGUAUAGCAGCGCUCUUGCGGAUAUUCUAAGCGAACCGUCACUUUCAAUGCCCAUCACGGUGGGAUUGUACGCGAAAUGGGGUAGUGGUAAAUCAUUUCUUCUAAAUAAAUUGAGAGACGAAAUGAAAAAUUUCGCUCGUGAAUGGGUCGAUCCGAUGUUCCAAUUUACCGGCCUUCUCUUCUUCGUUGUUUUGCACAUAUCAGCGAUUAUUGGAAUUAUGGGCGGCUUGGCCAUUCAAAGUUGGUUGGUGGGGGUGUGCUUAUCUGUUGGCGUUUUAGCAGUUAUCUACAUAUUUCUGGCGUUGGUCUGGUUCGCUGGUAAAAGGUACGACUGGGAUUGGCCUUAUAAUUUUAAUUUAAAGCUUACUAGAAAAAUGAAUAGUUUGAAAUUGAUUUUGCAAGUUAUGUUUUGUCAUCCACCUGGGACAAAUGGGUCCGAUGUGAUAUCUGCUCAACCUAUUCGAUUUUACUUUACUGAUCAAACCAGGGUAAGCAGUACAAUUGCAGGUGAAAAUUGUAUUGUACAAAUGAUCGGGUCCUUGUAUGAUGCAAUUGAAAAUGAUUAUGGCUCAUUAGCAACUCGUUUAUAUCGCGCUUUCAAACCUAAACCAGUGAAAUCCUCAUCAUGGAGAUUAAGGAAAUUAUGCUGCGUCCCUUCAGCUGUAAUAUUCGAAAUAACGCUUAUAUGUAUAUUACUUGGAACAUGUGCCUUAACCGUCUUCUUGCUGCGGUUAAAUUCAGAAACCCACAAUCAACAUUCAGAAACGGAACGCCUAAGUUUGCAUAUAAUAAUGAUCACCUCAGCUUUAUUUUUGGGAAUCGCAACCAUCGCCAAUCUAUACACGUGGAAUAGGAUGUUUUCGUCGUUAAUAUUUUCGCAAAGGAGACAACUGCAAAGGAGUAUCGCGAAAUUGGACACUUUAAAAUCGGAGGGAUUUUUGCAAGCGUUGAAGCGAGAGGUUAAUUUAAUGAAAGACAUGGUGAAGUGCUUGGAUAGUCUGAGUGCUCAACAGACGAGGCUUGUUAUAAUUGUUGAUGGUCUCGACAGCUGUGAACAAGAUAAAGUCCUGCUGGUUUUGGACGCUGUUCAUUUACUUUUCUCGGAUGCCAGUAAUCCUUUUAUUAUUAUAUUAGCGAUCGAUCCUCAUGUAAUCGCAAAGGCAGUAGAAGUAAGCAGUAGAAGAUUGUUUAGCGAAAAUAAUAUAGGAGGACACAGUUACCUGUGCAACAUGGUUCACCUUCCAUUCUAUUUGCAAAACUCUGGUUUACGGAAGGUUAAAAUCGCGCAACAGACCUCCCAAUAUCAUCGUAAGAUGACGCUCGGUGGAUGGAACGAUGUUGACGACAACGUCAAUAUCGCCGGAAAUAAUCUGCUAGUUCGAUCGUUAUCAAGUCGAAGGUUAUCUACUGAAAGUACCCUAAUGUCUAGCACAGAAAAGUUGAAAUUUGCACGAAAGAAAUCUCUCAAAUUGAAAAUAUCAGAUUCAGUUGCAAGUUCUAUUGGAUCCAAUCUUAAUAAAAUUGGAGGAGCUCAAGAUCUCACGAAAAUGUUGCUCACUGACGAUUAUUUCAGCGACGUUAAUCCAAGAUCAAUGAGACGGCUUAUGAACGUUGUAUACGUCACAGGGCGCCUUCUGAAGGCAUUCCAGAUAGAUUUUAACUGGUACAGACUUGCGUCAUGGAUCAAUAUUACCGAACAGUGGCCGUUCAGGACUUCGUGGAUAAUUUAUCAUUACGACACAUUUGAGGAUUCGCUCGAGGACAAUACACCAUUAAAAUCUCUAUAUGAAAAAGUUCGUCCAUUCAUACCCAGCUUGAAGGACAUCGAGCCCCUAUUGGAACUGGAUCGGGACGAACGUAAAUUCGACAUAUUCUUAACAUACCACAGAUCUAGUUUACUAGUAAGUGAUCUUAAAAUCUUUUUACCAUUCACAAUAAAUUUGGAUCCUUACCUGAAAAAAGUGAUAAAAGAGGAAACGCAAGGAAUGGACGACGAAGGAAUCAUGAUGGCUCCCGUCCGAAAUAAUCCCGUUAUGUCCAAUUAUAUGGCAACUGGGACUACCCCCUGGACCAACGAUUGGUCUGCGCCGAACACUACCAGUGCUAAGAAAGUGAGAGGCUUCGGGAAGAGUUCUGUUCAAGUGCCACCCACUGUGAUAUACCCGCCUAAUACGGGAAUGAUUAACUGGCAGCGGCCGUGGGAGCCUCCUACAACUUUUCAUCAUUUGGGACCGGUGACCGAACUAUCGCCGGAGAUAUUAGAAACCAAGCUAUCUCAGUUAAAUGUGGACGGCGUUUGCAAGCUUCUUAGUAAAAUCGAGGACUUAGAUUUAAACGCGAUCACAAAGUAUAAGCAGGUCAUCAAGGACAAUAAUAUAAAUGGAAGAGUGCUUCUACAUUGCGAUUUGAGUGAGCUGAAGAAGUUGUUAAACAUGAAUUUCGGGGAUUGGGAAAUGUUCAGAGUACUUAUCGUUUCUUUAAGAGAACACGAAAUGACUACAGUUGUUAGGCAUGACGAAAAUAAACAUGUUAGAGCACCAGCGCCAAAGCAGCAAGCCACUGUACCACCACGCGAACGAAAAGCAAGUGCGCCUAAAGUUACCGCUGGGUUGUCCGACAAAGACCUUGGGAAACUACAAGGAGAGAUCAAGAACAAGCAAUGUAUAAUCGAAAAACAGCAUCAGAUAACUCUGGAGGAUCAAAUGAUAUGUGGGGCGUUACAAACCUUAAACGAGGAGGCCUGCGAAGAUGUUCUGGAAGAAACCGAAGAUAUCAAACUGGAAAUUCCGCAAACGUCAGUGAUACCGCCUAGUCCCGAUGGUCUCCAAGAUACAAAAUUUGUUCGAUCACGUUCACAAAGUACCGCUGGAGUAGAGGAAACUGAUUAUGUAAUGUUACAAUCGUCUCCUAUUGGCUUUAUGCAUUGGCAACCUGUGAGCAUAUCUGUUCAUGGUAAUACCGAAAGUUUAAGUGAUCACAGUUCGCAUGGAAAUUCUCAGCCUUCGUCACCAGUUGGAGAAAGAUCUCGAAAAUAUGGUCGCGCCGAAUGGGACACAGUGACACAACGACGAGGUAGCAAACACGUGAUUAUUAAUCCCGAUAGUAUACUUACUGCGGAUAAAAAGGCCAGGCCAAUUUCAUUAAAUUUACUAAAAGAAACUAAACCGAUAUAUAGGCAUAGAUCGAAGUCGAUUGACAUCGAUGGUCGACGACAUAGCCACUCUAAAACCACAUCUCUUAAUAAAUUAAGGGAAAAACUAUUACAUUCCAAUCCCGACCUAAAUGAAGAAAGUGAUUCCGAAAGUACGCCUUUAGUGUCUCAGUUAGUCACACCGCUAACGAGUCCCGAAAUGAAAGUGGAGGCCUCAAGUUCGUCGACCGAUAGCGCUAUUAUUUCCGCUCGUUCCGAUAACCAAAUUCAUUUACCGCCAAAGUACUGUAAAUAUAAGGAGAGUUUUAGCGAUAUAUACAAGUUUAGCCCUACCAAAUCGUCAAACGAUGAAAUCAUUAGCGAUAACAGUUUGAACGACGAGGCCCACACGAAUUGGUACCGUGACCCGCAAAUUAGACCUCGCACAAUGUCAGAGUGUGCCGAUUCCGUAGCAUCUUAUAGUUUACAACAUGGCACGCCAUCUGCUAGCGCUAACAGCCUAUGUUCCCCGAGCAUGAGUUUUCUGAGUCGACAGAACGCUUUAGAUUCAGAAGAAUACAUUGCCGAUGUGUAUUGUGAUCCAGAAACUAGAGUUUAAUAUUGUCAGUAUUUCCGUUAAUAGUUUAUAUGUCAGUAUUUUUAAUUUUAAGCUUAGAUUUUAGUCAACAGAUGCCUGCCUUUUUACCAUAAAAUAGUUGAGUUACCAAAAUAUUUUAAGGAAUAUAAUAUAUUGUAAAUAUUUUAUUUAUUUACUCAACAAUAAACGUUCAACAAAAUA